CUCUAUUCGAAGAAAUUUUUUUGAGCGUGUAGUUUUCAAAACAAACUCCAUCGAAGCGCAUUUUUGAAUGAAAAUUUUUAAAAUGCAGUAAUCUUUACAAACUUUGUUUGAAUAUCAUCUAAAAUGUCUGCUAGUGGUCCGAUUGUAGUAUCCCUCAAAGUUCCAUUUCCAUCCAAGCGCGAAGCGGAAAUAGCGUACGACGUGCUCCGGAUCGACACGGAACCGAAGCGAAGUUUCAUCGAGAAGCACCUGAAGCUGGAUCAGGCUGAUCCCAGCCGGUUGAUCGUUGAAUUCCGCGGCGAAACGGCCAAGCACGUUCGGGUCGGGGUCACAUCCUUUUUCGAGUCGCUAAUCCUAUGCUGUGAAACGCUGGACCAAUUUGGACCACCAACUACGGAGCAGUAUCAACAUUAUUAA